AUGCUAAGGUGUGCAGUCAAGAGGUUUGCAUAUUUUGCCACCUUCCUUACUAUCGUGGCUAAUAUUUACAUUUAUACUUACCCAUCUUUCCAUCCAGAACAGUGUUCAUGGAGUUGCUCUAACAAAAACGCCCUAUUACAGAAAGAUUUGACUCUUUCGGACAAAGUGAAGAGAUACUUCAGCGAUGUUCGAGAACAAUGGGGUGGUAACCAUGCCUUUGCUGAUAACGAUAAGGAUAUUCAUAUUUUGGCCUUUGGUGACCCUCAAAUAAAGGGCAUCUGGCCAAAGACUCCAUAUGUUUCCCGAUUAGAUACAUACGGUAAUGACUAUUACCUUGGCCACAUCUAUGAUAUGAUGCAGCAAAGACUGAAUCCUCAGGUGGUGACUGUUAUGGGUGAUCUUUUCUCCAGUCAAUGGAUCGGUGAUUCGGAAUUCCAUAAUAGAACAAAAAGAUACAUUAGUAGGAUCUUCAAAAGAGACCCCACUUCUAUUGAAAAGGUCAAACAACAAAAUCUCGAUGAGCAAGGUCAAUAUAAGGCGAAUUGGCCUGAAUGGGGAGACCGUUUCAAUGAAAUUCUAAAUAGCGUCAAGGAAAACGAGACUGAAAAUUCAGAACUAUCAUUUGGAUUUGGUUAUGAAAAUAUCCACUCAUGGAAUCCGGACUUAGAAGACUUUUUAAUCAUCAACAUCACAGGUAAUCAUGAUGUAGGUUACUCAGGUGACGCGACUUAUCAACAUAUGACAAGGUUCCACGACCUUUUCGGCAAGGAUAAUUAUUGGAUUGAAUAUGAAACCAACACUACACAUCCUUGGAGGAUUGUAGUAUUGAAUGACCUUUUACUUGAAGGUCCCGCUCUACAACCAGAAUUUGUCGAGGCAACUUGGAUCUUUUUGAACCAACUAAAUGAACGUAAAUUUAACGGUAGUACUGUUCUGUUGACUCACGUUCCAUUUUACAAGCGUGAAGGUCUGUGCGUUGAUGGACCAGAUACUAGGUUUUAUCCAGAUACCCACGCACCAGAAUCAUACAAAGCUGGGCUUUUGAGAUCCCAAAAUCAUUUAAGUGAAUCCGUCUCAAAUCGAGUUUUGAAUAUGAUAUUUGAAAAUGGGAAGCCAGGUAUCAUAUUAACAGGUCAUGACCACGAGGGCUGCGAAACAGUUUAUAAUAAAAGGUCUUCGUCUGCUUGGGAGGCCACUAGAAAUAUCGAAAGUGACGUUUUCGUCAAGGAAAUCACAGUUAAGUCGAUGAUGGGUGAAUUCAAUGGGAACACCGGUUUGAUUACGGGUCACUUCAAUACAGACUCAAUGACUUGGGAGUGGACUUUCAGUUUAUGCCCAUUUGCCAUUCAACAUGUUUGGUGGUUCGCUAAAGUGUCCCUGCUCAUCACCAUAUUUACCUGGUCCUCGCUACUUUUUGUCUAG